CUAUAUUCCCGCAGAAGGCUGAUGCGGUCUGGGCCCAUUUUGCUCAUGCGCAACUUUGCUCGACUUCCACUUCCAAAUGAUAUGAAGCUAGCACAUUGAUUGGUCGUAAGCAAUUCGGGACGCUCGUCAAGGAUGUCCACCCUCGUGAACGACUUCCCCAGAUCGCGCGUCCAAACCGAGGUCCUCUGAUCCCACCACGCGGUCUGUGCGAGAGACAGCUCCAUCCUGUUUCCUGGGCGCGCGUCGCAUGUUGAUUUUCCUUCUAGAAAAAGUCUGCUGAUUCUUUCGCUUCACACGCGCAAGGCAAAAUCUAGUCGGGACGUCGCAGACAACGCCCAUCUGGCUUCUCGAGCUGUGCAGUUGCAAUGCUCCACGAGGUGCUCAUCGCCCUCAGCGGCCAUCCCUCGCCGCUGUUCCCUGCGACUGGCACGUCCGGCCGAUCCGGAGCCGACUUUGUAGACAAAGCCUUCCCACUGUUGUCAUCAUCAGAAGCGGCUUUAUUGGCGACGGUUGGCAAGCUCGCCAGUCUGCAUCGUCAAAUUCGAGACCAUGCAAAUCGCAUUGUUUCGCAACAUUCUUCGACCAUCUGCCGUGCUGUAGCUGCCUCGUUGUUGCAAACCCAUCUUGCACGUUUUCGUGAGAAGAUCCUGGAUGUUGAGAAGCAGAUCUUGACCAAAGAUGCGGCCAUAGUCGGUGCAUACAACAUUGUGCCUCUCUCUGCAGUCGUUGGCGAAUUUGAUGGGUGGAGUCGCCGUAUGGACUGGUACUGGAGACUUGCAUGCUUCAUCCAGCCUUUAGAUCCGAAAGAUGCAGCCAUAUCCGAUGCGGCCACCGGGGCUGGACUCAUUGAUCAUCUUCGGUCAGAGCUACAAACAGGUUUUCCCGACAUUGAAACUGCAGCAACCGAGUUGAGUUGCGUCGCUGACAAGGCCUGGUUGAAACAGGUGUCUGUGUGGCUCUUGUAUGGCUUGCUACCCAGUCAUGGUGCAGCAGACUUCUUUGUUACAGUACAAAAGUCUACCGAAGGGCCACCGUCAUACGUCCUGCGACGUGAGCUACUGCCCAAGUUCGUUUCGCGACAGACUGGAAGCUCUCUACUCUUUGUCGGAAAGUCACUACACCAAGUCAAACAGCAUACUCAAAAUUCGUCAGCAUCGCAGAUCACACACGGUAAUGAAGACGCUGCAUUGCUAAACGCACAUCUCCAAUCGCUCUCAUCGCUAUCCUUUCCCCUAAUGCCUGCUACGUUUUCUACCGCUAUAUCCUCAAUACGUUCAUCACUAUCACAGAAAGUCCUUCAACGCCUGCUCCCACCGAAUGAGAUCAAGCUUGUCCUAAACACCUUUCGCCAAAUUCUCCUUCUGGACCGAGGCGAAUUCGCAGUCUUUCUCAUAUCCGAGGCAGCGGAAACACUUGACGCAAGACGAGUCGAACAUGGUCGAUAUCUGCAAGAACCUUCGAGACGAGAUCUUCGUGGCGUGAUGAUGAAGGAGGGCGAAGUCAACGAGUCUCUUUCGCGAACGUGGAAAGCUUUGACAUCAUUGCAAACCGAAGACCUUGAAGACGAAGUUCUCGAGUUCGCUCGCGAGAACAUGCGACUCGAGAUCGACCAAGGAAGAGCUACUGCAAGGCCAUCGACAUCAGAUGCUACAGCUUUGGAAACAGCCAGUCUGACCAACACCUCUUUCAACGAUCUUCUCUUCCCUGUGCCAACUUCGCUCACCAUGCACAUUCGCUCACCACUGGACCUCUUCAUCUCACGUUAUGACAUGGACCGAUAUUCUGCACUCAACGCCUACCUGCUAAGUCUCAGAAGAGCACACAUGCGACUUUCCAAUUUAUGGCGAGAAUCUGGUUCAAGACGUGCAGCAGCGAACCCUGCUCGCCUGAGCCCAGAAGCAAAACAACUCGCUCAUACCCGAAGUGCUGCUCAACGCAAAGUCUGGGCCACCUGCUGCGCAGCUGUUUUCCUACUCUCCGAAACAACAGCAUAUUUCGAAGGUGAAUUGAUCACCAGCUCAUGGGAUGCUUUCUACCCAUGGGCUACCGCACAACACCACGACCCUGAGACUCUAGGACGAGCACAUCGAGCAUUCCUCGCUGCUUUAUCUUAUGUCAUUCUCCUCACCGAUGCAGCAUACACACGCGCUCUCCGCGACCUCCUCACCCACAUCGACGCCCUAGUCGCCCUUUUCGGCCGUCUCCAACGCCUGCAACAAACAUCCAGUCUAGACGCUGGUGGAGCCACUGACUUCCUCGACGACGAAGAAGCAGAAGUAGCACGCGAACUCGACCGUUCUCGUAAGCGCGUAGAUGCGGCGCUCAAAGACGUAGUCUCUAGAUUACGUCAGCUGGACCAUGAGAGAUUGGGUGCUGCUAGAUAUUUGCAGGUUGAGGGCCAGGAUUCAGGAUUCGAGGUUUGGAGAGGUGGAGGUGUGGAUAGACUGUUGAUGAAGCUGGACUUUGGGAGAAUGACUGGUGGGGACGAGUAUAUUGUCUAAGAAUGUUCUAUCCUAUGGUGCAGUCAUGGGCUGUUGUUGCUCGCUUGACUGAUGAUAAUUGAUUUUCUUUCAACAAGCUUGUUCUCGACUUGUCUCGUUAUAUUCGGUGUUGAUGAUCAGAGUCAAGGUGAGAUU